AAAACCCCCUUCCAUUUUCUAACUUUACUCUUCAGUAUCCACCACAACUACUCUCUGUAAGCCCUAGAUUUUCCUAUCGACACCAUCCUCUCUGUAAAUCCUUGUUGAUGGAGCACCUUAGAAUUCUGCCAUUAGAGAUCAAGCUAGACAUUUUAAGUCGCCUACCUACAGAGUCAGUUUUAGAGUGCAAAUUGGUAUGCAAACCGUGGAGAAACCUUGUUUGUCAUUCAUCCUUCUCUCAGCAGCAUUUAGAUCAUCUUCUUCAUAAUGAUUCUGGUAAGUCAAUCAAUGUUAUUUUCAAUGCUGAUAAACCAAGAAUAAAUUCUAGUGAAUGUUACUGGUUUAGUUAUAAUGAGGAGAAUCUUUCACCAUCUAUUAGAAGGAUCGAUUUAACCCCUGAAUUGAGGUCUUACAGUAUUGUUGGAUCUUGUAAUGGUCUGAUCUGUCUUAACCAUGAAAGCUUGAUUGUUAUUUGCAAUCCAAUCACCAAAGAGUAUGUUACUCUUCCAAAACUAGAAAAAGAAAAUGUUACCGGUUGGAAACAGUGUCUAUUGACCGGAUUUGGUUACCAUCCUGUUACAAAUGAAUAUAAAGUUAUCAGUAUCAACCUACCAAAUUCUGCAGAAGUGGAGGUAUACACUCUUGGUAGUGAUGGAUGGAGAAAUGUUGGGAAGUUCAAAGGGAGGCCAGGAUCAUUUCUUGAUCGACUAGGUGUCUUUGCAAAUGGAGCUCUUCACUGGGUGGAUGCUGGCAAACAAGCAAUUGUGACCUUCAAUCUAGCUGACGAGAAGUUCUGUGAUACUCCACUACCCCCAAUAUCGAAUUUGUCAUUUUUGAGGAUAUUAUUAGAUCUUCGAGUUGGGGUAUUGGGUGAGUAUUUGUAGUCAUCAUGGGGAUAUGGCUGGGACUGUUGAUAUAUGGUUACUGAAGAAGGAAAAUGGUCAAGGUGAGGUAGAUUACAAGUCAAUGACUUGGUGGAGUAAAGAGUUCAGCUUUGUUGGAAAGAUACCAUUUGCCUUUACAAGGAGUGGUUCAGUUCUUUGUUAUGAUACUCAUACCGCACAUCCAUAUUUCUACUGUUAUGACUUGGAAUCUUCAUGUCUAGAGGGGUUUAUGGGUUUCGAUAGAAUAAUUCUCGGAUCACCAUCCGCUCACAUGAAUACUUUAGUUUCAUUGAAAGCUCUAGGAGAAGAAAAUACGAUGACAAUGGAAUCAAGUUUGGAGACAAAAAGCAAUGAUUAGCAGAAUAACAACAGUUAGAAGGAAUAUAUCAAUACAGGUGGUUAUAAUGGUUUCAUUUCGUGAUUGUUUAGCAGAUACAGCCUACAGGCAAUGAUUAGUCAGUUUUCGAAGAAAAUGCUGCUCAUCAAAGUUAAACGUGAUGGCUCGUACUCUGGUGCUUAUUUAAGGCACUAACAGGCAUCCUGCAUUGAAGAAAUAUCCCGAGCAAAUCUAGUUUUGAUGUUAUGCUUCAUAAAGAAUAAAAAGUUGAAAGUUUCAUUCUUCUGAAACAACCAACUUCUGAUUUGAAUCCUUAAAAACAAAGUUAUUUUUCUCUGGCCUCAGCACCUAGUCCCUACCUGAUAUGGUAUUCCCCCCUACUUUUAUCUUACAAAGGAUGCUGGCAUUCUAACUUUGUCAGAUGAUACAUUAUACCAACAUUUAAUUGUGGAAUAUGUUGGCAGUGUGGGAAUUGAAACAUGGUCUGAAGUUUUAGUUCAUUUUAGUGGAGAAUGUGAUAACUCAAUUUGCUUAUAAAAUUGCCGAGUCACAGAAGUAUAUGCAGAAAAAAAUCGUGGAAAAAAGAGAGCUUUGGCACUGCAAGGGGUCUAGGAUUUUAAGUUGCUGAGUUUGAUCAAGGAAACACUACUAGACAACAUUACAUCUGCCAAGGGGGUGAUGCUGUUCUGUUACUAAGAGAGAAGUUCCACAUUCACUAGCUUUGAAUGAUUAGAGUAGGACGAGCAAUUUGCAUUUCUUUUGAUUGGACGAGUUCAGCCACUCAUACAUAUUCAACGUUAAUUUACGCCUGCUACACUUACCAAGUUAGACGCCCUUAAACGAGAAUUGUAUAUUCAGUAGCUUUUGGAGAUGCUGAACAAGGUGAAGCGUUGGUGAUGUUAACAGCCCUCUAAUGGGCAGUGCAACUUCAGCUUCAAAAGGUUAUCAUUGAAGGGGAGAAUAAUUAAGAAGGCUGUUGAGAGCGUUGAGGGACUUGCCUGUGCACCAGGUGGGAAGAUCAUAAUGUUAUUUUAGAUUGCAAAUCUUUGGUUGAUUGUCUAGGUAAUGUGUCUGUGUGUUUUAGGCAUAGAAAUGGUAAUCAAGUUGCUGACAGACUUGUUAAAUGCCAGAAAUAAUAAUUGUAGCAACGCUUGGAGUGAAAAUCUCCUUACU